AUGCGAAUUCAGGGUUCUCAAUUUCACACGUGGAGUAGAUUGCUGAAGCAAUUACCACCAGCUGAGUCAACAAUCUCAAAAUUCACGCUGCAGAAGUCGACUAUUACAAUAAAUAAUAUUGCAGGUGUCGCCGAAAAUGCAGAGGUUGUUCUAAAUGGAUGGAUCGACAAGAAGCCAAAGAAAAUCAGUAAAAACUUGAAUUUUGGUUUACUCCGUGAUCAUGAAGGUAAUACACUACAACUGGUAGAUACAAAAUCGCUGUUGAAACAUGCUGCUGUCGAAGAUGUUGUCCAGGCAAGAGGGCAUUUAUCGCCCAAAAAAGAUUCUGACUCUGCAUUAGAAUUGAAAUUGAACUCUAUGACAACACUGAAUCGUUCAAAUAGGAAACCGUCAGAGUUGCAGGACUUCAAGGAGACUGGAGACUAUCCUCCAGAGUACAGGUUUUUGCAAUUAAGAUUGCACAAAUAUCAAGCUAUAUUGAAAAAGAGGAACUCAAUCACAAAAAGUGUUAGAGACACUUUGAAUGAUCAAGGCUUCAUCGAAAUUGAAACGCCGUUACUCUUUAAAUCUACUCCAGAGGGAGCAAGAGAGUUCUUGGUACCCAGCCGAAAAGUUGAUCAUAAUUCAAAAAGACCUACCUUUUAUGCAUUACCGCAGAGCCCUCAACAAUAUAAACAGCUCUUGAUCGCAAGUGGUGUCAAUAAGUACUUUCAGUUGGCUCGUUGUUUCAGAGAUGAAGACCUUAGGGCAGAUAGACAACCGGAAUUCACUCAGAUAGAUUUAGAAAUGGCAUUUUCGUCAGCUAAUGAUGUUAUGCAAGUUGUUGAAAAACUUCUUGUCCCCUUGUGGAAGCAAUACUCUGCCUCAAACAGUCUUUUGACCUUGAAUAGUCGUGGGCGUUUAGUUUCUGUGGAUAAGGAAGAUCCCAUUUGCCACAUGACAUAUAAGCAAGCAAUGACACAAUACGGUAUCGAUAAACCAGAUCUGCGUGCCCCAGAUUUGAAAAUCAUGGACUUGACUGAAUUUAAGGCAAGGGGCUACACUAAUAAAGACUUUCCCGUUUUCGAAAUACUAAUACUAAGAAAUGCUUUUGAUUCGAAAGAAAGUCUCCAGCAGAAUGCGUCCUACUUUAAUAAUGCCAAUAAUUAUAAUUCAAGAGUUCCAAUUAUUGUUCCUAUAGAGGAUGAAAAAGAUGCUAACAACUGGUUCGAAAAAUUUAUGACACUCGCAGCAUUUGAAAAUCCAAAACUGAUUUCCAAAUUUUUGAAGUUAAAGAAAGGUGAUAUUAUAUGUGGCUCGACUAGACAGCACUCAUUUUCCUUAUUCGAAAAUCCUACACCAUUGGGUAGACUACGUCAAUUGGUUUUAGAUAGUGAUUGGGGUAAAGAAAGGUAUCAAAAAACUAAUAAAGAUGUUGCUACAUGGGUGGUUGACUUCCCUCUAUUUUCGCCGAAAGAAAAAAAUACCAAGGAAGAUAAGAAAUAUGACUAUCCUAGCUACUGUACAGACGCAGUGACAUCCACGCAUCAUCCAUUCACUAUGGUAAAACUAUCCGAUUAUGAAAAACUGCAGACAAAUCCUUUGCAAUGCUCCGGACAACACUACGAUCUCGUCGUAAGCGGUGUUGAAGUGGGUGGAGGAUCAACAAGAAUUCAUGAUGCAGAACUGCAGGAUUACAUUUUCGAAAACAUUUUGCAAAUCAAAAAUUCUGACAAGCUUUUCGGUCAUUUGUUGCGAGCUUUUAGGAUGGGAACGCCGCCGCACGCAGGUUUUGCUGUUGGCUUUGACAGAUUAUGUGCCAUGCUUUGUGGCACCGAGAGUAUAAGAGAUGUAAUUGCUUUUCCCAAAAGUAUAACCGGAUCAGAUCUAGUUGUUGGCUGUCCCACUGUUGUGGAUGAAAAGACAAUUAACAUGUACAACAUUAGAUACAACAGUAAGUCAUGA